CCGUCCUCUCACUAUUCGAGAUUCAAUUAAAUGUACCCCUUUCAUGUGUGCUCUUCUCCUUGUGUGUAUGCUGAAGCCAAAACCACAGUAAUGAGUCGUCCUUCACCUCCUCUCCUUACAAGCCAAGCCCCUCCCACUCCCCCCUCCACUGAAGCUGAUCAUCAGAAUCAGAAAUGGAAAAGCUCCGCACCGGCGACGGCAGGAAGAACCCCAAGCAGCAUUCUGACAAGGGCAAGAUGAAGAAGCCCGUCAAGGUGGUGUACAUCUCCAACCCCAUGAAGGUCAAGGCGGCCAACCCGGCCGAGUUCCGGGCACUAGUCCAGGAGCUCACGGGCCAAGACUCCACCUUCCCCGACCAAUCGCUGUUCCCUGAGGCCGACGCCGACGGCGGCCACGAUGUCCCCUCGAAGCCCGACACUACUACUACCUUCCGCAGCCACGCCGCGCCCGGAUCUUCGUACGCCGGCGGCAAUCCCGACGUCGUAGAUCUACGCGGAGGCCCGCGUGCUGGCGCCAGCCCGUUCGAUGCGCUCGACGACGCAUUCUAGCCGCAAAUGCUGGAUAAUUUCGCCGGGGUGUUGUCGUCUGCUCUCUACGAUUCGGGAUCCUGACAAGGUCUAAGGUGCGUAGAGUGAUUGUUUAUUGUGGUUGAUAUAUAUCGUGUUAAUCGUUGGCCGUGGAGCUAGCUAGCUAGGUAGCAUUUGGCAAUACUACACAUCUGUUCAUGUUGAUGUCAUGUUGGUGCAUGUUAUAUAUAACUAUACUAUAUAUAUAUAUAUAUACACACACGUACGCUUAUAUA